AUGAUGGUGCCAUUGUACGACUACAUCCAUCAGUAUUACAAGGGUUACCAAUGCACUGGCAUCGUGCUCAUGAUCGCCGCCGUAUUUUGCCUGCUGUCCUUCAUUUGUGCCUCGGCUCUUGGCUGGUUGGAUUAUCGUCGAGCGAAGUUGACGGGGAAGGCGGAAGCUCUUUGGCCGCUUCAUGCUGCCAAUGCCGUUAAUGGGAUCGUGUACAUCAUAGCUGCCUUCGCCUCGCCGCUUUUUGGAAUUAUCAUGGAUAAGACCGGAAGGAAUGUUCUUUGGUGUUUCAUUGCGAUCGUGUGUACGUUGGGGAGCUUUGCGGGCUUAACAUUCACGUUUGUGAAUCCAUACAUUCCUAUGGUUUCCGUGGGACUGAGCUAUUCGCUGCUUGCAAGUGCCUUAUGGCCGAUGGUGGCGCUGUUACUCCCGGAACAUCAACUCGGAACAGCUUACGGAAUGUUGGCGAAACGAGACUCCAUAUCUUCGAUGGAUUCACGUACGAGGCAAGCGAUGAGACUCAGUCAAUCCGAAUUCUCUCUUCGCAACAGGUUCCUGUCAAGAAUCGGCGCUCAAGAGCAGAUGCAUGUUGGCAAACCUGCCACUCUGCUGAAUGGGAAUAACAGCAGGUGGUUUUGGGACCGUUAUGCCACUGUCUUGGUGGACUGCGAUGGAGUUCUGUGGAACGGCGAUGUUCCUGUGCCGGGAGCUGCGGAAGCAAUGAAUGCGCUUUUCAAAUCCGGAAGGAAGAUCAUUUAUGUCACUAAUAACACUGCGAGAACACGUUCGCAAUACGUUGAACGGUUGCUGUCCAUGAAUUUUCCUGCGUGUGAGGAUGACAUAUUCACCCCUGCGUCGGUAGCAGCGCAUUACUUGAAGACUCUUAAUUUCGAGUCUUCUGUUUAUUGCUUGGGAACAAGCGUCUUCCGAGAAGAAUUGGACGCUGUUGGAAUCAAUUCCACCGGAUUUUCUAGAGACGAGUUUUCGUGCGACAGUGCUGCAGAAUGUUUGCGGGAAGUGAUUGAUUUCGAAUUAUGCGAUGAUAUCGGCGCCGUUUUAGUUGGUGUCGACCCAUUCUUCUCUGUGCCGAAAAUGAUCAAGGCGGUCUCGUACGCCGCCAGACCUGGUGUGCUACUUCUUGCAUCAUGUGAUGAAGGUCGGGCUCCAUUCGAUAUCCCUGGUAAAAUUGUACCGAGCUCGGGAGCUUACCUUGCUGCCAUAGAAAAAGUCACCGAACGUAAAGCUACUAUUCUUGGCAAGCCCUCCGUUGAAAUGCUUGAUUGCAUUCGCAAAAAACACAAAAUUCAACCUUGUCGCACUCUCAUGAUUGGUGAUAACUGCAGAACAGAUGUUCUGUUCGGGAGGAACUGUGGCAUCGACACGUUGCUUGUCUUGUCUGGAGUUUCUACCCGAGACGAGUUGAAGGGAUACGAAGAAAAUAAGGAGAACGAUUUCAUUCCCGAUUUUUAUGCGUUUUCUUUGCGCGGAAUAACAGAAAAGCAGUGAACAUUUCUUGAUAUUCGUGUCAAAUUGAUCGGAUGACGCACCGUCGCUUACGGGCCGUUUAAAACACCCACCUGAAUUGUAAGUCAUCGACUUUGAUGUCUUCUCGUUGUUCCCUCUAGCGGAAGUUGAUGGAAGUGCUUCAAAGCGGGAAUUUACCUGUUCAGUUAUCUUUUUGAAUCAGCGAAAUCCUCGCGAUGUCAUCGACUGCAAAAAUCGGGCGCUUGGUUGCCAAGAAUGCGGCGUUGUUUCUGUGUGACAUGCAAGAAAAAUUCCGUGGUCGUAUCGCUUAUUAUCCUGAAAUUUUGCAAGUUUCCAAGAGGCUGCUAGAUUCGGCGAAACUGUUGGAUAUUCCGAUCGUCGCCACGGAACAGUAUCCAAAAGGAUUGGGACACACCGUACCUGAAUUGAAUCUCUCGGCAAGUGGUAUCAAACCAUUCGAAAAAUCCUCGUUUUCGAUGUGCAUCCCGGCUGUUUUGGAAAAGCUGAAGUCUUCCGGUGCAUCUGCUGUGAUGGUUUGUGGGAUUGAAGCUCACGUUUGCGUCCAACACACGACCUUGGCAUUGAUCGAACAUGGAUUUGAUGUGCACAUCAUUGCGGACGCUUGCUCGUCACGAACAAUGAUUGACCGAAUGUACGCGUUCAAACGAAUGAAGCAGUCCGGCGCGUUCAUUACGACCAGUGAAAGUGCAAUUCUUGGAUUGGUGGAAGGUUCGGCACAUCCGAAAUUUCGAGAAGUGCAGAAGAUCAUUUGGGAAUCGGCCCCUGACACUGGCCUAUUGAAGAAGUGAUCAUUUUGUGAUAUUGUCGGAAGUUUCGUUUUCGAGAGGUUAGACAUCCAGUCGUGCAUUUCAAUUCGAACUAAACGGUGUUCUGUGAAAAUAGUGAUUUUGAUUUCCUCGGGCUUUGUUUGCUGUGAACCGAGUGGAGUUUAUCUUGAAUAAAUGGAUUCCGUGAUUAAACA